GGGACUGGCAGGGGGCGGGGCCUGGGCGGUGAGGGUCCACCCCCUUCGCCCCAGGACGCUCGGCCCGACCUGCCGGGGAGGCGCGCGUUUGAAAGGCGGGCGGUGGUGGCGGCGGGGCGGCCGCACUCCGAUCCCGCGUCUCCUAACGCAGCCCGGGGAAGAGCGCCGCUGGAGCGGGAGGACGUGCCUGCUGCUGACGUCGGACGGCCGGGCUGGGGCGGACGGGACUGCAGCCUGCCGAGCCUCGGUGGCCUCAUCUGUCCCAUGGGGUUGAAAGAGACCCCCCCGGCCGCCCUCCUCUCCGCGCUGCCCCUGUGGCUGGGGGGGUGUCUCCUCCUCCCGCGACAUGGAGCCGUCUCUGUCGCCCACGCCGCCCCUGGCGCUGGCCGCGCCGCCGCUGCCCCUGCCCGCGGCUGCAGUGGUGCACGUGUCCUUCCCUGAAGUGACCAGCGCGCUCCUGGAGUCCCUCAACCAGCAGCGGCUCCAGGGCCAGCUCUGCGAUGUGUCCAUCCGAGUACAGGGGCGCGAGUUCCGCGCCCACCGGGCCGUCCUGGCCGCCUCGUCGCCUUACUUCCACGACCAGGUCCUCCUCAAAGGCAUGACGUCCAUCUCCCUGCCCAGCGUCAUGGACCCGGGCGCGUUCGAGACCGUGCUGGCCUCGGCGUACACGGGCCGCCUUAGCAUGGCCGCGGCCGACAUCGUCAACUUCCUGACGGUGGGCUCGGUCCUGCAGAUGUGGCACAUAGUGGACAAGUGCACCGAGCUCCUCCGGGAGGGCCGGUCCUCGGCCACCGCCCCCUCCGCGUCCGUCCCCGGUGCCGCCGCCCCCUCCGCGAGCGGGGCCCCCGCCGCCACCACCACCGCGGGCUCGGCGCGCUCCCACGCCUCCAGCCGCGCCAGCGAGAAUCAGUCCCCCAGCAGCAGCAACUACUUCAGCCCCCGGGAGUCCGCCGACUUCUCGUCCUCCCAAGACGCGUUCGCAGCGCCCGCCGCGGGCUGCGGGAGCCGUCGGGAUGGCGGCCCCGCGUUCCCAGGCCCCGCGGCGGGCGGUGUCAGCUCCGGGAAGUUGCUGCUGGAGGCCGACGAGCUGUGUGACGACGGCGGGGACGGGCGCGGGGCCGCGGCCCCUGGGCCAGGGCUCCGGAGGCCCGCCAGCGCCGCGCCGCAGAGACACUGGGUGUACGUGAGGCGCGGGCGGCAUUGCCCGGCGUCUCUGGCUCAGCCAGACGCCGACCUGGGGGGGGAGGAGGAGGAGGAGGACCUGGUGCUGACGUGUGAGGACGACGAGGACGAGGACCUGGGGGGCGGCCCUGGGGUGCCCGCAGCGGGGGAGCCGGAGGCGACGCUGAGUAUCAGUGACGUGCGGACCUUGACCGAGCCCCCCGACAAAGGCGAGGAGCAGGUCAACUUCUGCGAGUCCUCCAACGACUUCGGCCACUACGAGGGCGGGGGCAGCGGAGCGGGGCUGGAGGACUCGGGGGGCCCCGCCCCCUCCUCCUACGCCCCCGCCCCGCGACCCCUCCUCCCGAUGGAUGUGCCGGGCAGCCAGAUCCUGGUCUUCCCGUCCUCCUCCUCCUCCUCCUCCCAGGCCCCGGGCCAGCCGCCGGGGAGUGCGGCCGAGCACGGGGCGGUGACCCUGGGGGGCCCCUCUGCGGUCGGUCUAGGCGUAGCAAGUGGCCCUGGCGGGGCCCCCGCAGGGACGGGCGGCAGCGACGGGAACAAGAUCUUCCUGUGCCACUGUGGGAAGGCUUUCUCGCACAAGAGCAUGCGGGACCGGCACGUGAACAUGCACCUCAACCUGCGGCCCUUCGACUGCCCCGUGUGCAACAAAAAGUUCAAGAUGAAGCACCACCUGACGGAGCACAUGAAGACGCACACGGGACUCAAGCCCUACGAGUGCAGCGUCUGCGCCAAGAAGUUCAUGUGGCGGGACAGCUUCAUGCGGCACCGGGGACACUGUGAGCGCCGGCACCGGAUGGCCGGACCCGUACCCGGCCCUGGACCCGGGACUCCUACCGGGCUGGCCCUACAACCCAAGAGGGAGUCUUCCGAAGUGGGUGGUGGCAGUGGCGACGAGGUCAACUCGGCCACACCCCCGUCCCAUAGGCAUGUCUGGUCCCCAUCCAGCGUGCACAAGGUGGAGAUGGAUUUCGGUGGAGGAGGCGGCGGCGCGCACUGAAGGGCGCGCGGUUAGCGUAGUCUCCGUGCAGCGUGGUCCCGGGUCCCUUCCCUUAUCUCUGUGGACUUGUAUAUAUUCUAGAGAGGGCAUAGGGUGUGCCAUCGCCAGCCGUCCCCCUCCCUCGGCCCCUUCCACAUCGGUAUCUCCGGAACUAAGCCUUUUUUCUCCUCUCUCGGGCAUACCAGUGGCCCGCCCCCCAUUACAGAUCAGGGUCCACCGGUGAGGGGAUGGGAAGGCGGCGUUUGAGCCUCCCGGAGUCGCAGGGUCAGCGGUCAGGUUGUGCUAGUUUGUGCCUGGUCUGUGCUUGUGAUGUGGGACGAGGCCUUUUGGGUCCCAUCCUUUCCCCUCCUGGAGGGUGCGCCCCUCGUUCCUGUACUGCCCCACUCGCCCCAGGGGGAUCCCCAAUUGGGUUUUCAUGAAAGUGGGCGGAGACAAGGAGGGGACGCGUAGUUUAGGUUUUAAUUCUUAACGGCGAUUAAAAUAUUUAUUGGUCACUUGA